GUGAAAAAUAGUGUUUUAAAAUCUAAAAGGUGCACGCGAGCCGCUCCCCCACCGUGCCCUCUUCGAUUCGCUGCACCGCAUUUACGCAGCAAAAUUCCGAGGGUGCAAAUGAAAGGGGGCAGCUAAAGGUUGAAUUCGUGGCACUUUUCUCCCUGUUCCGUGAUCCAUCAUAGCAAGCCACAAAUUCUAUGCUCUCGUUCGUCCGUACUUCGAGACCACAACGUAUGACGAUUUUUUUGUGCGUAAGCGAUUACGUGGUGGAUUGUUGAUAGUGGGCCUGCAUUGUGUGUAUGUGGCAGUGGUCGGGUGUUCCAGGUGUCCAGCGAGUUUCGUAGAGAUCCUUUUGCUAAUCCGCGGUGGCAUCGUUACGCCGCCACCAUCUACCGCUUGUAACAUGUCUUCCCCGUUCAGCUCAUCGUCGGAGUACAACAGUGCGCUAGAUACGACGCUCAACUCCACGCUCGACUCAAGCAAACUGGACAACUCGGACAAUGAUACCGAAGAUGUAAGCCUCCUCACUAGCGACUGGAAUGAUACGCUCCGGGCGCGGCAGAGCAAAAAUGUGAAAGAUUCCACACGCCAACUCCUGGACAGUCUGCGUAACAAUAAUCUAAACCAGCAGUCACAGACAGCGGGAAGUGGUAGCAUCGGGGAUGCCAGCAGUAACAACAACACGAGUAACGCACUGAACAGUACCGCCAGCACGCUAAGCCUCGAUCUGAGUGCCUCCGAUACGGCGAACAAUGUGACACUUUCGUUCGUCAGCUCCUCGGAGGAAGAGGAUACGGAACCGGCGGGUGUGAAACCGCGCCCGAGCCCAGCGGACGUUAGCAUCAACAUGUCACAGUCCUCCGAAACGUCGGACACGGUGACAACGGCUGGUGGAGAGCGAGAUUCUCGGGACACUACGGCUAACGUGUCGCUGAUACCGAUCGAAAGCAUCGCCACCACAAGCGGCGGCGAUCCAUUGAUUCCCGUGUACGGCUCGCUGGAGGAAUUCGACCGGCAUCUGCCGGAGACGGUCACCGUACUAACGACACCGGAUGGUGCCAAAGUGUAUCUGGUGGGGACGGCACACUUCAGCGAAAGCUCACAGCGGGACGUAUCGCUGGUGAUGCGCAACGUGCAACCCAACGUGGUCAUGCUGGAACUGUGCCCAUCGCGUGUCCACAUACUGCGCCACGAUGAGCAGACACUGCUGGAGGAGGCCAAAAACAUGAACUUGGCCAAAAUGCGCACCAUCAUCCAGACGAACGGAUCGAUCAAUGGGUUGUUCUACAUUCUGUUGCUGAGCAUGAACGCAAAGUUUACGAAAAAACUCGGCAUGGCACCGGGUGGUGAGUUCCGGUGUGCCGUCCGGGAAGCGCAACGCAUUCCGAACUGCAUCAUUCAGCUUGGCGACCGGCAGAUCAAGGUAACACUGCAGCGUGCGCUGCGAGGACUGUCGGUGUGGCAGACGCUCAAGCUGAUCCCGAAGCUGCUGUUCAUGGAUGACAUCACACCGGAGGAGGUGGAGCAGUGCAAGAAAAAGGAUCUACUCGAGGAGAUCAUGCUCGAAAUGGCGGAAGAGUUCCCGGCGUUCGGGCGCGUAUUCAUCGAGGAGCGUGAUCUCUACCUUUGCCACUCGCUACAGAUGGCCGCAAUGCCGAUCCAGCAUGCCGAUGGAACACUGGAGCCAGUGCGGGUGGUGGCCGUCGUUGGCAUCGGACAUGCCGCCGGUAUUGCCAAACACUGGGGAAAGGUAAGCGCGGAAAGUAUCCACGCGAUCGCACACAUCCCUCCGGCCAGCCUUGGCCACCGCGUGCUCAAGUACUCCGUGAAGUACGGAAUGCUCGGACUAGCCGCUUAUGGUAUUUUCCGGUUUGCGAGGGCACGAUUCGCGUGAUCAUAAUGGUGGUCCUUACGGUGCCCGCCCUGGACCAUGUGGCAUCAUGCGGCUGUACAGUGGAACAAGAGAAUAGAUCAAAAUACUGGGUGAGUGGGUAGAUGGUAUGAGGGUAUGGUAGGCGCGAGAGUAGAGUGUGUGCAC